AUGGAUCGACAGUCGGUAUAUACCCUGAGCCUCUUCGGGGAAGAGCGUUCAGCGGACGGCGAUCAGACGAACAAGCAGACACAGAAGGAGCUGAUAGCCUUCAUUCUCGAGUUUCACUUAGACGGCGUCUACACCUAUCGAGAUCAGAUAAGAGAAAACGUGCUCUCUAAGCAAUAUUACUGCGACAUCGACAUCGCCCACCUCAUUGCCUUCAACGAAGAGCUUGCAAACAGACUUAACAAUGAGCCUGCCGAUAUCAUACCCAUCUUCGAAUCGGCUCUCAAACAGUGCACACAGCGCAUCCUCUAUCCCUCACGAAGCAAGGAAGAUUCCGAAAUUUCCAAGUCUCUUCCAGAGCAUCAACUACUCAUCCACUCCUCCGUCUCCCAGACAUCGAUCCGCGGUCUCACAGCCACCAAUGUCUCUCACCUAGUCCGCAUACCAGGCAUCGUUAUCGGCGCCAGCACCCUCAGCUCGAAAGCCACCACCGUGCACAUCCAAUGCAGAAAUUGUCAGCACGAGCAAAACAUCCCCGUCACAUCGGGUUUCUCCGGCAUCACACUUCCGAGAACUUGUGGCAGAGUAAAAGAACCUAGUGAUGGCGAGAAAUGUCCACUCGAUCCAUACUUUGUCGUUCAUGAAAAGUCACAAUUCAUUGAUCAGCAAGUGCUGAAGCUGCAAGAGGCGCCUGAUGACGUACCGGUAGGAGAGCUGCCGCGACACAUUCUGGUGUCGGCAGAUCGAUAUUUGGCAAACAGAGUCGUGCCUGGUACGAGAUGUGUGAUCAUGGGUGUCUUCAGCAUAUAUGCAAGUCAAAAGAACAGCAAGAACAGCGGAGCCGUGGCAAUCAGAAAUCCAUACCUUCGAGCAGUCGGCAUCCAGACCGAUCGCUCGCACAAGGGCAGCGGCAUGGGAAUCCAGUUCACAGAUGAGGAGGAGCAAGAAUUUCUAGAGAUGUCGAGAAGACCAGACAUAUACUCGCUCUUCGCAGACUGCGUUGCACCAUCCAUCUAUGGCAAUUCAGACAUCAAGAAGGCAAUCACUUGUCUGCUGAUGGGCGGCAGCAAGAAGAUUCUACCCGAUGGUAUGAAGCUGCGUGGAGAUAUCAACGUUCUGCUCCUCGGUGACCCCGGUACAGCCAAGUCGCAGCUGUUGAAGUUCGUCGAGAAAUGUUCUCCCAUCGCUGUCUACACUUCUGGAAAAGGUUCUUCAGCAGCCGGUCUCACAGCGUCGGUGCAACGAGACACCAACACCCGAGAGUUCUACCUAGAAGGUGGUGCUAUGGUCUUAGCAGAUGGCGGUGUGGUCUGUAUUGACGAAUUCGACAAGAUGAGAGAUGAAGAUCGAGUAGCCAUUCACGAAGCCAUGGAGCAGCAAACCAUAUCUAUUGCAAAGGCAGGCAUCACGACUAUUCUGAACUCGAGAACAUCAGUCCUCGCCGCAGCCAACCCAAUAUUUGGACGAUACGAUGACCUGAAAUCUCCUGGCGAGAACAUUGACUUCCAGACCACUAUUCUGUCCCGUUUCGAUCUCAUCUUCAUCGUCCGAGACGAUCACGACCGAAAUCGUGACGAGACAAUCGCCAAGCACGUCAUGGGCAUCCACAUGGGCGGCCAGGGCGUACAGGAGCAACACCACGCCGAAAUCCCUGUCGAAAAGAUGAAGCGCUACAUCUCCUAUGCCAAAUCACGAUGUGCACCGCGACUAUCUCCGGAAGCUGCAGAGAAAUUGAGCUCGCAUUUCGUCAGCAUCCGACGACAAGUGGCGAGAGCAGAACAAGACGCUAACCAGAGAUCUUCCAUUCCGAUCACGGUCCGUCAACUGGAGUCUCUCGUCCGUAUCACCGAAUCUCUGGCCAAAAUCGAGCUUCAACCCAUCGCUACCGAGAAACACGUCGAUGAAGCGAUCAGACUGUUCUUAGGCUCAACCAUGGAUGCUGUCAUGUCUGCGGGCGGAGACACUUCUGCUCUCGGUAUGGGUGGAAAUCGCGAAUUGGUCGAGGAAGUCCACAAAGUCGAGGAGGAGCUGAGACGGAGAUUGCCUAUCGGUUAUACGUCUUCUCUGGCCACACUUCGUCGUGAGUUUGUGGAACGCAAGAAUUACAGCGAGCAGGCUCUCAAUCGCGCACUCCAAGUUUUGGUGCGAAGAGAAAGCAUACAGUUCCGGAGAGGUGGCACGCUUGUUCAUCGGAGUGGUGUGUAA